CCGAAAGGAAUCACUUCUUUUAUCGUUACUGUUACUUUUUAGUGAUAUCACAUCUCCGCCCCACAACGCCCAUCGGGACUGGUACUAUUUUCGGGACACGGCGGGGAUCAGCACAUCCUUUUUAGAGCCAUUCUGCAUUUUGUUAUGAUUUUAUUUUUCGGUAGAAAAAGGAAAAUGAGUGAGACAAUAAUCAGUCGAUAGUGUGAGAUGCCAAUCGCCAACUGACAUCAAACACUCGGGGACGAGGGACAAACCAGUACAUUUGAUUUCGAACUAAGCACAGAUUUCCCACGACAAUCCUUAAAUUAAUCAAUCUGGUUUCCCGCGGUUGCUCAGUGUGUGGAAAGCCAGAGGCAGUUCAGUGACUUCAGUCCACCAAGUACCCACUAACUCCCCCUCCCAAAGUGAGCGUAACUAGGGCUUUUAUUUCUUAGCCACUUCAAUACAUACAACUUCACUCUUCACUGAUAGAUAGCCAGUCGUUUGUUCUCCAACCUCUGCUAUGUUGAACCCUUUCUCCCCCUUCUGUUUCGUUUGAGUCGGCAGGUUCCGAGAGAGCUUCAAGAUGCUUUCGCUCGCGUGGUUGACCGUGCUGUUACUGUUCGUAAAUUUGCCAGCAUUGCAGGCAGUUUCCGGCCCCCAUGUAGCUGAUGUGAAUAUUUUAUUGCCUCCUCUGAUGACUUAUCCUGUAGAAUAUCGGCUACAAGGAAGUGAUGGCUGUUUCUCUUGGUCAUGGGACCAUCAUGAUAUUCUAUCUGUUCAACCAGAGUACAAUGCUAGUAGUCGCUGCUCAACAAGCGCUCGAUUGAGAUCAAUUGCUCCUUAUGGUGGUAGAAAGGAAACUGCUGUUUAUGCUGCUGAUCUCCAUAGUGGCACUGUAAUCCGUUGCAAAGUUUUUAUUGAUAACAUCUCCAGAAUCCAGAUAUUUCAUAACUCUAUUAAACUUGACUUAGAUGGGCUUGCUACACUGCGUGUCCGCGCCUUUGAUAGUGAAGAAAAUGUGUUUUCAUCAUUGGUAGGCCUACAGUUCAUGUGGAAGCUUAUUCCUGAAGCUGAUAGAGUGCAGCAUCAUCUUACUCAUGUUGCUUUGAAGGAUUCUCCCUUGAGUGACUGUGGUGGUUUUUGCGGUGACCUAGAUAUCCAAAUAAAACUGGAAGACAGUGGUGUAUUCUCAGACUUGUUUGUUGUAAAGGGAACUGGAAUUGGCCAUGAAAUUGUUUCAGUGCAUUUGCUAGAACCACAGUUUGAAUACAUGGUGGAUGAGAUUGUUUUAACUGUUGCAGAAGCAAUGUCACUUGAACCUCCAUCACCUGUUUUUGUGCUCAUCGGUUCUUAUUUCCAUUAUAGUCUAAAAGUUGUUCGCCAAAAUACUCCUCAAGCAAUUGAUUUACCAUCUCCAUAUCACCGGUGGCAUGUAUCAAACUCUUCGGUGGCACAGGUCGACUCUAUGAUGGGAUUGACUCAUUCAUUGAACUUAGGAGUUACAACUAUCACUGUAGAAGACACUAGAGUUUCAGGGCACGCGCAAAUGUCAUCCCUUCAUGUUGUUCUCCCAGAUGCUAUGUAUUUGUAUAUAGUGCCUUUGAGUAUAUCUGGUGAUCCCAUGGAAGGUAUCACAGCUAUUCCAACAGCCCAUUGGCAUGUUGUUGUUGGCCGACAAUAUGUCAUUCACAUGAAGGUUUUCUCCCGUGGACCUUAUGCACAUGAAAUAUACAUUACAGAGGGAGACGACAUUAAAUUGUGCUACAAUCAAUCUUUGUAUUGGGACAUACUCUUAGUACAAAAUAGUAUUGCUGUUAAACAUGGUUGGCGGAAUUCUAGAAUCCUGAAAGCAACUUCACAGGGAAUGGGAAGAUUAACAGCUUCUUUAACCCAUCAUACUGAGCACCCAGCAGCAACAGAGGUUCUCAAGGUUGUGCAAGAAGUCAUGGUUUGUGAUCAAGUGAAGUUUAGAUUGGGCGAAAGAACUAAUUUUUCUCAUAGCAUUUACCUUCCCUGGGCUCCUGGUGUUUAUCAGGAGGUGGAGCUAAGGGCAAUGGGAGGUUGUGCAAAGACGUCCAGUGAUUAUAAGUGGUAUUCCUCUGAUGCAGCCACUGUGUCUGUAUCUCCUUCUGGAGUUAUCCAAGCAAAGAAGCCUGGUCAAGCUUCUGUUAAAGUGGCAUCCAUUUUUGACUUAACCAAUUAUGAUGAGGUGAUCAUUGAAGUUUCUGUCCCUUCAUCUAUGGUAAUGAUGCAAAACUUUCCUGUGGAGACUGUUGUAGGAACAAAUCUUCAAGCUGCAGUUACAUUGAAAACAUUCCAUGGUGCCUCUUUUUAUAGAUGUGAUGCUUUUUGUUCGUCUAUUAGGUGGAAGACUGGAAGUGAGUCUUUCAAAAUUGUCAAUACUACAGGGGAUGCAUUAGCAUUGGACAAACUGCUGAAUAUUAAGGACUUUGACUCGCUUUAUGGUCCUCCAUGUUCAUGGACCUACAUAUAUGCUUCUACUGCUGGUCGAACUAUGCUGCAUUCUACAUUGUCCAAAUUGUGGCAAACUUCUGAUCAUCCUUUAGAUGGUCCCAUUGUUCUAAAAGCAUCCUCACAUAUAGCUGCAUAUCAACCGCUUAUUGUCUACCAGGCAGGGGAUGGGAACAAGUUUGGUGGUUAUUGGGUUGAUUUGGCUAAUGCGGAAGCUGGAAAUCAGUUGGAAAACUUGGAUGAACUCUAUCUUGUUCCUGGAACAGGAUUAGAUGUAAUGCUCCUUGGAGGACCUGAAAGGUGGAAUGAAGGUACUGAGUUCAUUGAAAGUAUUGAAAUUUUUGAUGAAGAAUAUAAUCCUCUCAAGGAUGAAGUAAUUGUUCAUCAGGCAUCUACCAGUAGUGAUGGUGUAUAUGGAGUUUUAUGCCACGCAUUGGGAAACUAUAAACUAGUAUUUUCACGUAGCAACUUAGUUGGGGAUGAUCAUCCAGUGCCAGCUAUAGAAAAAUCGGAAUUGUCCCUUACAUGUAGCUUUCCUGCCUCAAUCACACUGAUUGCUAAUGAGCCUGUGAAUGCACUUGAUCUUGUGUGGUCUGCAACACAAGCUGAUCGUAAUCCAGGGAGGAUUCGUGUUAUCCCUAUUACUGUUGCAAAUGGCUGUACUAUUCGUGUAGCUGCAGUUGGUAUCCAUAAUUCUGGAAAGGCUUUUGCAAACUCAUCUUCUCUUUGUUUGAAGUGGGAGCUGAGCAGUUGUGAUGGCCUAGCAUAUUGGACUAAUGAUAAUGGCCUGGAAAGAUCCAGUGCCAGUUGGGGGAGAUUUCUGGUUUUGCAGAAUGUAUCAGGACUGUGCAUUGUUCGUGCUACUGUAAUUGGUUUUUCUGAUACCAUGACUGGUCGUCUUUAUGAGAAAGCAUCUUUGAUGUUGGAAGAUCAAAAUAAUGUUCUCACUGAUGCCAUACGUUUACAGCUUGUUUCUUCUUUAAGAGUUAUUCCAGAGUACAUUCUAUUAUUUUUCAGCCUUGAUGCAAAGGUAAAUCUGUCGAUUACUGGAGGAACUUGUUUCAUGGAUGCUGUUGUGAAUGAUACUCGAGUCAUAGAAGUAAUUCAACCACCCCCAAGUUUUCAGUGCUUGCAAGUAAUGCUGGGUCCUGUAGGGUUGGGAAGUGCACGUGUCACCAUUCAUGAUAUGGGACUUUCUCCUCCUCUUGCAGCUUCUGCUGUGGUUCAAGUUGCAGAUGUUGACUGGAUUAAGAUUAUUUCACAAGAUGAUAUAAGCCUUAUGGAAGGAAGUGCAAAAGUUGUUGACAUAUUAGCUGGGAUUCGUGAUGGAAGUACUUUUGAUGCUUCUCAGUAUGUCUACAUGAAUAUUCAUGUCCAUAUUGAGGAUCCUAUACUUGAGCUUGUCAACAAGGAUGAUAUCUCAGAUCCUGGUAGUGGAAAUAUUGAUGGUCCAAAAUUUAUAAUUCAAGCAAAACAACUUGGGAUUACAACUCUUUAUGUUAGUGCUAGGCAAUGCUCUGGACAUGAAAUUUCAAGCCAGCCUAUUAAGGUUGAAGUCUAUGCACCACCAAGGAUACACCCUGAUGAUCUUUUUCUUGUGCCUGGCGCAUCUUAUGUGCUUACUGUGGAAGGAGGUCCCACAGUUGGGGCAUAUGUUGAGUAUGCCAGUAUGGAUGAUGGGACUGCGACAGUGAACAGAACUUCAGGACGACUUGUAGCACUAUCACCUGGGAAAACUACCGUACUGGCAACAAUGUAUGGGGCUGGAGAUAGUGUGAUUUGUCAAGCCAAGGGGAAAGUUGAAGUAGGGAUCCCUUCUUCCAUGAUUUUGAAUUUACAGAGUCAACAGAUUGGUGUUGGUCGUGAAAUGCCAGUAUUCCCUUCAUUACCAGAGGGAAAUUUGUUUUCCUUCUAUGAGCUAUGCAACAAUUACAAGUGGACUGUAGAAGAUGAACAGGUGUUGAGCUUCCAAGUGGCCAAGUGCUCAUAUGGUGAGAAGUAUGAUGUUCUAUUAUCUGGUUUGAGGGGAAUUAUGUCUUCCAGUUAUUCAGAUAACAAAGAACUCAAUCCCAUCAAUGUAUUACAUGGAAGGUCUGCUGGCAAAACAAAUGUUGCUGUUUCAUUCUCCUGUAAAUUUUCUUCUGGUGCAUUUUCACAAUCAAGAUCAUAUAAUGCAUCUGCAUUAGUGUGGGUGGUGUCUGAUCCUCCUCUUGCUCUUGGAAAGUCAAUGACUUGGGUCCUUCCUCCUUUUUAUACUACCUCAAAUCUUUUGCCUGGAUCGACCGAAUCAUACAGUCAUCGGGAUUCUCAUAGUCGUAAAGGGCCUAUUAUUUAUUCUCUAUUGAAAACAUGUGGCGGUAAAAAUGAAGAGAUGCAACAGAAGGCUAUUUCUCUAGAUGGUGAUAGAAUAAAGACAAUGGAGAGCAAUGAUAUUGAUUGCAUUCAGGCAAAAGAUCGUUCAACUGGGAUAGUUGAGAUUGCAUCAUGUGUAAGGGUUGCAGAGGUGUCUCAAAUAAGACUAGGUGCUAAGAAGUUUCCUUUCCAUGUGGCUGAGCUUGCUGUUGGUGCUGAACUUGAGCUUGUUGUUAGCUACUGUGAUGAUCUAGGAAAUCCCUUCUUUGAAGCUUAUGAUGUGGUUGAAGUCAAUGCUGAGACUAAUUAUCCUGAUAUCGUUCUAAUUAAUGGCACUCCUGACAACAAUGGAAAUAUCCAUCUCAAGGCUGUAAGUCAUGGUAGGGCUCUUGUACGAAUAUCUAUUGGCAACAAUGCAAGGAAGUCAGACUAUAUUAUGAUUUCAGUUGGUGCUCAUUUACAUCCACAGAAUCCAGUCCUACAUGUGGGUCGUUAUCUCAACUUCAGUGUAGAAGGACUGAGUGAUCUGGUUUCAGGCCAGUGGUUGAGUUCCAAUGAAAGUGUUAUAUCUGUGGAUAUGUUAUCUGGAGAAGCCCAUGCGGUUGGGGAAGGGACAUCUCAAGUAAUUUUUGAAGGUUUGGGUUUGAAACUGCAAACAACAAUAACGGUUCUUAUGGAAGAUCAGGUUUCAGUUGAUGCGCCAACAGAGACAUUAACAAAUGUUCCCUUCCCUUCAAGGGGAUAUAACUUCUCCGUGAGCUUUAGCCAAAUGUUCGGAGCUCUUGGGAAGAGCAAAGAAGUUCUGUAUGAUUGUAGUGUGGAUCCACCUUUUGUCGGGUAUGCAAGGCCAUGGAGAGAUAUUAAUAGUGGUAAUUCAUAUUGUCUCUUCUUCCCAUACUCACCAGAGCAUUUGGUGCAUUCUAUACCCAAGACAAAGGCUAUGAGACCAGAUGUAUCUGUCUCUAUUAGUGCUUCAUUGAGGGAAGCUGAAUAUGUUAUGGGAUCUGCAACUGCUCUUUUUGUUGGAGGAUUUUCUAUUUUGGAAAUGGACAAGGGUUUAAUGCAGUUGAAUCUGACACCUGAAUCCAACAAGAGCAUCAUAAAUAUUGUGGGGAAUACAGAUGUGGAGGUCCAUCAGCAAGGCAGGGAUCUUAUACAGGUCAGCCCCAUCUACAAAGAAGAUUUUGGGAUCGGUGGGCGUGUAGGAUACGAGGUCAAAGUUUUAAAAACUGAGAGAAUCAAAGAGACGGUCACCAUUACGCUCCCAGCUACUGGUCAAAGAGCAGAGAUAAUUGUAAGCUAUGAGCCUGGAGAAAGUGAAGCAUCACCAACCAGGAGUUUUGCCCUAUGGGCCAGUAUAUUUGGAUUUUUUACCAUUUCUAUAUUGACUUUAGCCAUCUUCAUGUGGUUCCUGGACAAACCUGCUCGGCCUUCUGUUCCUGCCACACCAAAUAUUGCAGCGCCCACCACCCCUGAUCGUAGUAGUCCUGCAAGUUAUAACAUGCAGCAGUCCCCGCGGACACCACAACCAUUUGUAGAUUAUGUGAGGAGAACGAUAGAUGAAACCCCAUACUAUAAGCGGGAAGGGAGAAGGAGGUUUAAUCCACAGAAUACAUUCUAGAAUUGUGGAUUUGGGAAUUCUGUUGACAUGCAUAAUAGAAUGUCAUCCAGAGAAGGUGCAAAGCUCUUUUGUUCUCCAAAAUGUGGUAUAUUUGUGGUUCAAACUAUAAGAGUUAAAGAUUAAAAGUUUGGAAGGUGCCACCAAAUUUUUUGGUGUGCGCCUGGAAAAAUUUUGUAGAUCCAGUCUAACGAUGUGUUACCGGUAAUGCUUCUAUUUGCUUUGAUCUUGCCAUUGAAGUAAUUCCCAAACUUUUUCUAUUGAUGGAAUGGCAUUUCCCCAUUGGCCUCUCCUUUAGGAAUGGGAAUCCAUUCUGGCUGAUUUUAAUUCUGAUUUCAAUUCUUGUUUGAACCAAACAGGUGGAAAGAAUAGACCAUCACAGUUCUAAUUC